UAAUUGCCCUUCAUUUUUGGCUGCUGCUUUAGCUAGAGCAACUUCAGAUGAAGUCCUUCAGAGUGAUCUUUCGGCACUCUACUUACCAAAGCAUGUGGACAACGCAGAUGGGAUCAUACAGAUUGAGACAGUGAAGUUGGCCCGCUUAGUUUUCAGCAAGCUGCAUGAGAUCUGCAGCAACUGGGUGAAAGACUUUCCACUCCAGCCAAAGCCCCACCGCUACUAUGAGACAUCCAUCCAUGCCAUCAAGAAUAUGCGCAGGAAGAUGGAAGACAAGCACGUCUGCAUCCCAGACUUCAACAUGCUCUUCAACCUUGAGGACCAAGAGGAGCAAGCUUACUUUGCAGUGUUUGAUGGUCAUGGGGGAGUGGAUGCUGCCAUCUAUGCCUCCAUCCAUCUCCAUGUGAACAUGGUCCAUCAGGAGAUGUUUCAGCAUGACCCAGCAGAGGCACUGUGCCGAGCUUUCCGGGUGACUGAUGAGCGCUUUGUCCAGAAGGCAGCCAGAGAGAGUCUGCGUUGUGGAACCACUGGGGUGGUGACUUUCAUCCGAGGAAAUAUGCUGCAUGUGGCUUGGCUUGGGGACUCCCAGGUUAUGCUCGUGAGGAGAGGCCAAGCUGUGGAACUGAUGAAACCCCACAAACCAGAUCGGGAGGAUGAGAAGAAGCGCAUUGAGGCACUUGGUGGAUGUGUGGUCUGGUUUGGAGCCUGGAGGGUGAAUGGGAGCCUGUCAGUCUCCAGAGCUAUUGGGGAUGCUGAGCACAAGCCAUACAUCUGUGGGGAUGCAGACUCUGCCUCCACUGUACUAGAUGGCUCUGAAGACUACCUCAUUUUAGCCUGUGAUGGUUUCUAUGACACAGUCAAUCCCGAUGAGGCAGUCAAAGUGGUGGCUGACCAUCUAAAGGAGAAUAAUGGCGACAGCAGCAUGGUAGCACAUAAAUUAGUGGCAUCUGCUCGAGAUGCCGGUUCCAGCGACAACAUUACUGUCAUUGUGGUAUUUCUCAGGGACAUGAACGCAGCAGUCAAUGUUAGCGAGGAGUCAGACUGGACAGAGAACUCUUUUCAAGGUGGGCAAGAAGACAACGGGGAAGAUAAAGAAAACCAUGGAGACUGCAAACGGCCAUGGCCCCAGCACCAGUGCUCAGCACCUGCAGAUCUAGGGUAUGAGGGACGGGUGGAUUCUUUCACCGACAGAACUAGCUUAAGCAUAGGGUCAAGCAUCAACGUGUUUGACGAUCAAGGCUAUUUAGACCUGACAAAAACAGAAACUAGUACACCUCCGAGUGCCAAAUGUCUGCCACCAAUUCAAGUGUUUAGUCCUGGCAUACCAAAGAGCGCGAAUUUGAUCAAUGGCCUAAGAGUAAAGAAUGAAUCACCAGAGUGCACCACAUCAUCAAUGUGUGGACAGAGAGCAGUUGAUGAGUGCUGGAUUGCAUGUGUGCUGUUUGGGGAAGGAUUUAGCUUUUUAGGUAUGGAUUCAUAAGUGAUAAUUCUGCCACUCAUACCAUUUAUCUUGCUAGGAGAAAAAAAAUCUGCCAUCAUAGUUCCAGUGUGGUCAGGUUAAAACAUUGUAUAGGUAGCAAGUGUUCAUUUCUUCACUAAAUGCAUAUUUAUAGAGUAGAUAGGAACCAUUUGUAAGGUAAGUCCUUUAAAGUUCUAUACUAUUACAAGUAGUGGUUAUUGGUCUGAUAUAUGCUGCUCUUGAUUCUACCCACUAGACAAAAAGCAGUGCUUUGUGAAACGCAGUGUUUUCUCUUAAUGCCACUGGUGAUAGGAAGUAGUUCUCUUCAGUUCAAACUCCUGUGCCCUUACUUGCUGCUUGCUAACGUAAGCAAUAAUCCCUCUCUAACGGUAUCUAAGUGUUCUGUAUCUCGUACUUUGAUUGUCUAUCUGGUGACAAUGUAAAGAUACUAGGCUAAUAUAAAAGCAUCUAAUUGUAUUUAUUAACUGUUGCUACUGAGAUUCAGUCUGUGACCUGUGUUUUGUAUUUUUAUUGUGUAUCUUAGUGGUGGUGAAAUUUGUAUAACGAAUCUUUCCAAUAAAGAGCUGAAGUAUCCCUUUUCUGCUCUGAAAGGAAAAGAAAAAAAAAAAA